GAAAUUAAAUAAGAAAUUAUUGAAUCAUAAAUCCUGCAAACUUGUAUUAAUAUUAAAACUAUUGGAUAUUUGAAGUAAAUAAAUUAAAAAAAAAAAGAAAAGACCAAUAGAAUCAGCUGUCAAUAAUAAACGGGAAAACUUUGCAAUAAAGAAAUUAUUGCAUUAAUCCUUGGUAUGGUCGGAUUUCCUUAUUCCUACUCCUUAACAAUUACGGAGUCCGGGUUCCCUUCUUAUAUAUAGCUAGCUUUCUUCUAAACUUUCUUUCCACGUUAACGCCCUGCUACGUUGAGGAUUAUGAAGAUGAGAAAAUCUAGCAAUAUCCAGUCUCUUCCAAGAGAGAUGUUGGCAGAAAUUCUUAAGCAUGCAGCUUCCAACUCAAUUACUGAUUUCGUCAAUGCCCAAAUGAGUUGCAAGGCUUUUCUUGGAGCAUCGAACGAUUAUCAAAUCCUUGAGAACGUUUCGAUGGCGAAUAUCAGCUUUGUCCCUUGGUAUAAAAACGAGAAAAUCUUUCUGAAAAAAUGCAAAGAUGCCAAGAAUUCAGAAGCAUUAUAUAGGAAAGGGAUGAUCAGCUGUUUUAAUAGGAGGAAACUAGAGUCAGGAUUGUGUUACUUGAAGAAAGCAGUUGAGAAAGGUCAUUUCGAAGCCAAAUAUACCUAUGGCAUUAUGUUAAUUUGUUUGGGAGGUGAGCUUAAAAGCCAAGGACUUCAAAUUGUGUCUUCUCUCGAUCUCACGAGCUCCAACACAAGAUUCAAGAUUGCUAGUUGCCGCUCGAAAACAGAAAAUAUGUUGAGCAGCAUGUGGGUCUAUGUGUCUUUAGAUAGGCCAAAAGAAUCUGCUAACAAUGCAAAGGUCAACUGCAAAUGUGAUGACAUUAUCACGCCAAGACCAAACCGCCAACAAUGCAUUGUAUUCCUCUCUCAGGCUGCUAUAUUUCUCGCUCAGGUCAUUGAAAGCUUCCUUUCUCGCAUCUGGGAUAUUCUUCUUCUUCUUCUUCUUCUUCUUCUCCAGGCAAAGCUUCACAGUGACAAUUUGUCUCUUGAGCUCUUGGAUCUUUAA